GUUGCGACACUCUGUUUAGUCCCGGUGGUGUGCAUGACACUGCGGCUGCCAAAACAUGCACAGUAGCAGUAUAGUAGACUUACCGUAAAAAGUAGACUUUGUUUUUUUUUUGACGUAACAGUGAAACAACUAGCGGAAUGUCUUUGCUUGGCGGAUUACAACAGAAACAGUAGAUCGGUAUUAUAUUACUACUGGUAGUUGUAGUAGUAUCAGAGCUAUAUCAGUUUUGCAGUUGCGGCAGCAUUAUUGACAGUUAGAUAUCAACAUGGCUGAUGCUCCUCUGUGGACAUGGGUGUUGUGGCUGGUUACUUUGUCCGGUCCUGUGCUUGGGGUGCUAUCAGACAGGGACUGCAGUGAACAGAACCUGUCCAUUCAGGACGGCCACUACACUCUAAGCAAGGGCUUGAGUGCGGGCAGCGUGCUGGCAUACCACUGUCCGUUGGGGUACUAUCCUCCUGUUGCCACCCGGCGAUGCCAGAGGAACGGCGAAUGGGAUCCGCCUCCCAAGAGAUCCAGAAGACAGGCUCAGUGCAAGUUGGUGAGGUGUCCAGACCCUUCCAGGGCCUUCUUCCAGUAUGGCUUAGUGUCGCCCACUCAGUACAACUACUACGUCGGCAACAUCACCACCUACGAGUGCUACUCCAACUACGAGCUCAGCGGCUCUGCUGCGCGGCUCUGCAAGCCCAACGGCAAAUGGAACGGCAGCACACCCAUCUGCAGCCAUAACAGUGAACACUGCCCAGACCCUGGGACACCGGCUGGUUCUCAGAGGACAGGUGACAGUUUCAGCAUUGGAGACAAGGUGAGCUACCGCUGUGGGGAGAAGGGGCUGAUCCUGGUUGGGUCACAGGAGCGUGUGUGUAAGGAGAGCGGACAGUGGACCGGACAGGAGCCAGAGUGCUACUACCCGUACACGCUUGACACCCCUGAUGAGAUCUCUGCAAUCUUCAGCAGCUCCCUGGAGUCCAACCUGAUGACAGACAUGACAGGUGAACAAGAAGGCAAGAAAAUUAAUGUGGGGCAAAGCGGAGCGCUGCACAUUUAUAUUGCCCUCGAUGCCUCUGACAGCAUUGAUGCUACUACUUUUAAUGCAUCAAAACAGAUUAUAAUCAAGCUAAUCGAACAGAUCAGCAACUACGAAGUCACCCCUAAGUACGACAUCGUGGUUUUCACCACAAAAGUGUUCCCAGUCGUUAAUAUAGCAAAUUACUACAACAACACUGCUGCAAGGCUGUUCGAGGUCAUCGACCAGUUGGAGAAGUUUGACUAUGAGGCCACAAGGGAUGAAGCGGGAACUGACAUCACAAAGGCUUUUCACCACAUCUAUAGUCAAAUUAGCUGGAUAAAAGCUUUUGAUGAAUUCAAUUUCCCAAAAAAGAGUCAUGUCAUCAUCAUGUUUACUGAUGGUGAAUCCAAUAUGGGUGGAAAGCCACUGCCAAAGAUAAAGCAAAUUGAAUCUCUGGUGCAAGGCAACAAGCAUGAAGCCAACAACCUUGAUAUUUACAUGUUCGGUGUGGGAGAGGACAUUCAGAAGGAAGAGCUCAACAGUUUUGCCACAAAGAGGGAGAAGCAUGUCUUUUUUGUGAACAACAUGAGCACACUACACGAGACCUUUGAUCAGAUGUUAGAUGAGAGCAACAGUGUGGGUUUGUGUGGCCUUCACAGAGACUACGCUUACAGUGAUGAUACUGAUCAAGCUCAGAAACAUCCUUGGCUGGUUCAAAUCAAGCAUAAGCUAGUCCGUAAGAGCAGAGCGGACUGUUUAGGCUCUCUGAUCACACCGCGCUUCAUCUUAACGGCAGCCCACUGCUUCAGUUCCGAGGACACAGAGAAUGACAUUACUGUGGAGCUCAGCAACAAACAAAAACCAGUGGUGAAAAGCUUAAUCAGGCACGAAAAGUACAACAUCGCGGGGAAAAAGGACAAAGGAGUCAAAGAGUUUUAUGACUAUGAUGUAGCCCUAAUUGAACUCACUGCAGAUAUCAAGUUUGACAAGGAGAUAAGACCCAUCUGCAUCCCUUGCACCAAAGAAACUAGCAGGGCUUUGAAAAUAGUUGGAGAUGAUGCCACAUGCAAGACACAGAAGGACACACUGUUGAGCAAAGAUAAUGAGCAAGCUAAUUUCUGGUCCCUUAAGCGGGCAGUUACGCCGCAAAGUAAGGUGCAACAUGUCAGGAAACAUGCCAUGAUCAAGCUGAAAAAGACUCAGUCUUUGCAGGAGCAGCCGUGCUUCCAAGUAGCCAGACACGUGGAGAAUGUGACGAACUACCAAGAGAUGCUGACGGAGCGCUUCCUCUGCACCGGGGGAGUGGAGCCGGAAACAGACCAUGCCGCCUGCAAAGGAGAAUCCGGAGGUGCCUUGUUCCUGGAGAGACACAAGCGGUCAAUACAGGUGGGCAUUGUCAGUUGGGGAGUGAGCGACAUCUGCAGCGAUGUGAAAAGGGACCAGAUGUCCAAUGCCAAACACAGGGACUUCCACAUCAGUCUCUUUGAAGUGCAACCGUUCCUCAGAAAGCAUGUGGACUCUCUUGAAUUCAUUUAGCCAGACCGUGCCCUCCUCGUGACGCAACACCUUCAGCGUUGCUUCUAGUCAGGCCAAGGGCUAUACAAAAAUUGUUUCUGAGCUCCCGGAAAAUCUGAACUCCUCCCACUUUCACAGGAAGCAUACAACCAUUUGCAAACCAAGGGAGGCGGGUCGACCAUACCGUUUUGGAAAUGUUAAUUGUAAUGCUCUUGGUCAGACCAAGUCUCGAAGAGAUUUGAGAGUCGAUGAUAAUCAGGCUAGGAUUUAGUGCCCUGAAAUAAUAGAGGCUUGAGACAAAAAAUAUCAUUUGCAUGCUUACCGUAAAUCCUUUUUGAUUGUUUGUUAAACUUUCGUUUUUUUAAGACCUUCCUCAGAGCACAUAACCCACAUGCUUUAAUUUCCAAAGACUUGUUAAUAUCUGGCAACUUUUUUAUUGUGAGUGCAGUGUAAACCUAUUACAUAUUGACUGAAAUAAUGAAUUGAUUAAACAUCUUUUUUGUUAACAUUGUGGACGUCAGCAUAUGAACUUUGAGUACCUGUCUGCUGAUGAAAAGUGACUAUAAAUACAAAAAUAAAAGGUAAAAGUAUGUUUUUAAAAAAAA